AGCCACCACGCGAUUAAGAAGGAGAGAAAAAAAUAAACAUGGCCGACCGACUAUGAAGGGUGGUAAAUCUAAACGACGAGAAAUCUUUGAAUUUCCCUGUGAUUAUUGACUAACAUCUGAAGCCUGUUUCGCCUUGAAGAGCAGAUUUUAUUGCUUACGCCUCUCCGACGCGGGAGCCGAAGAGUUGUUCGUUUCUCACCGAGAGGCCUUACAGAAACGGGCUGUUAGCCACGUUAGCAGGCUAGCCUGCGUCGGCUUUUGUUUUUCUCGAACCGUAACGCUUUGUGCACCGGAAGACUGUCGGUUUCUAUUCCCAUUGGGCCUAUUUUUGCCUAUUUUUUAGUACCUAAAACCGUAUAUUCCGGUUUCUUUCUUUCCUGGGUCUAAGUGGUAGUUAGCAAGCUUUUUCUUUUUAAGCUAGCUAAAAAAAAAAAAAAAGCCGCUCUCUUUGACUCGUCGGACUCUGUUCAUGAAAGUUACACCAGGAGACAUGGACCCGAAGCGAGCACACGGCAAACACAAGACUAGCGGCGGGAGCAGCAGCGGAGGCUCCAGCCCGGCGUCCCCCUCCAGCAGCCCCGCGGUGGCGGCGGCGCCCGCGGCGGCCAACGUGUUCGCCAACGACGGCAGCUUCAUGGAGAUUUUUAAGAAGAAGAUGGAGGAGGAGGCGAGGAAGAGGAAAGGGGAGGCGCCGCAGUCAGGUGGAGAGGCGAGAGCCACCGAUCAAGGACAGACCUCAGUGGAAAAGAAGGCCCUUCCUGUGACCAGCUUUGUGGGGAAGCGCCGGGGCGGUGUGUUCCUUAAGACCGGAAUGGUUGCCAAGAAGCAGAAACAGGACACAGAGGCUGAGCCAGGCAAGAGCGAUGCUUGGUCAAAGUACAUGGCUGAGGUGAAAAAGUACAAAGCCCACCAGUGCAGCGACGACGACAAAACCAGACCUCUGGUCAAAUAGGCGAAGCGGCGAUGCUUCGAGGAGAAAGCCACCGAGGAGGAGGAGCAGCUCCAGGGGACACAACCUUUAAUGACCUCCUCUUACUGCCAGUUGAAGUCACCUUCACUGUCCUUCACAAACUGCUUAGGCUGACACUCUUUUUGUUUCCUUUCCUUUUUUUAUUGUUUUUGUUGGUUCAUUUUUAUUUGGUUCUGGUGUCAAAAGGUGUUCAUGGAUCUUAGUAUCAUUUACAUGCCUUCACCGUUGUCUUAUUUGUAUUAAUCCUUGUAUAACUUAAACAGACUCCAUAGCCAACCCGUGGUUUCAAUUAAAUCAAAUUUCAAUUGUG